AUGUCGCACGGCCGCCGCUCCUCCGCUUGCACGGCCUCCACCAACACUGCGCCCCCAAAAAGACUCGCUCUCGUGCGAAACCUGGACUCUCAAACAUACUCUUCCUUCAUCGAGGAGGCCGAAAUCCUCGACUUAUUUACAACCAUGGAGCCUCCCGUUCGCUACUCGUACAAAGCACCAUCCAAGCGAUUCUACUACGCCAUCAUUCUGGGACAGCUUUUCCUCCUCUCUACCGUCGUGGCGCUUGUACUUACCAUCAUCAACUACAACAAAGCCGACGAAGGCAAUCGUGUGGCCUAUAUUGUAUGGCUCGUUUUCUCCGCCUCGGCUACUUUCUUCUUCAUCCUUUUGAGCUUCGUCUUCUUCCACCAGCGCCGCAAGCUCCGCGUUAUGCAAAGCAAACUCCAAAGAAUGCAGGCCGAAGCCGAGGCCGACGGCUCGCAGAAGCGUCUCGAGACCGCGUCGUCAGGAGCGCCGCAAUUGCGCGCGGAGACCGAUCACCGGCUCAGCGUACUGGCGCAGCGUCACUUCGAUGCCGCUGAAGGCGCGGCCACGGCGCCCGAACCAGCGCGCCGGCCCAGCGUCAUCGCGACAAACGCAACCGGUCGCGGUCGCCAGAUGAGCAGCGCGGCCGGCGAAGGUUGCGAGCUUUCUCUAUUCCAAACACAUCUCAGCAGCGGGAGCGCCCAAGACGGCGUCGCCGACCUCGCCGCCUCCCCAUCCUCCGCCCAGACCCCGCCACCCACCUACAUGAACCAUCCGCUCCAGCGGCGCGAGUCGGCCAUCACCCGCUUCCAGCAAGACGACCCGCCCAUGAUGGACCUCUUCCACGGCCUAUUCGGCGCGCAGACCAACACCACCACCACCAACGACGACGACAACAACAACAAAAACCACCAACCCUCGCCGUUCGCCAUCCGCUCCCGCCACCGCCGCCCCUCCAUCCUCCCCGACCCGCUCUCGCCGACGCCGCCGACACCGCCGCCGCCCUCGAGAAGAAGGACAUCCACCAUCGACUCGGUGACCCUCCAACCCCUCCCCGAUCCCUUCACCUUGCCCCCUCCUACCACCGCCACCGCCUCCUUCGCCGCCUCCGCCGCUUCCCGCACCCACACCCGCACCCGCACCCACACCGCCUCGACCGCCUCCUCCGCCCCGGACUACGGGACCCUCCUCCCAGCCUUCCCGCUGCCGCCCUCGCACUCGCGCUUCACCAACCCGUCGCCCCCGCCGCGUCUGCCGGCGCCGGCGCCGGCGAUGACGACGAUGACGAAGGCGAAGGCGGAGAUGGGGGAGGUAGAGGCAGAAGAUGAAGAAGAAGAAGAAGAAGAAGAAGAAGAAGAAGAAGAAGAAGAAAGGGAGAGGACGGCGAUGGCGGCGAUGGCGGCGGAGCUGCCGCCGUUGAGGAGGGUGAGUUGUGUGGCGGGGCUGGAGGAGCAGCAACAGCAGCAGCGGCAGCGAGGGGCGGGGGUGGAGAGGUCGGCGUCGGCGUCGGUGUGGGGGCGGAUGGUGAAUGUGGCGAAGGUGGUGGGAUGGGGGAUGGCGAGGGGACGGGCAAGUGGUAGUAAUAGUGGUGUGGUAGCGGCAGCGGCAGCGGCAGCGGCUGGGGUGGACGGUGGCGAGGGUGGCGAGGGCAGCGAGGGGAAGGGCGAUGGGAAAGAUGGUGGGGAGGAGGGAGAACGACCGGAGAGGCGUGGCCUGGACGGUAGAGGUACGGGUGGCGGCGCCGCCGGUGGAUUCCUCCAGCCGCCGAGGUACGACAGGACGACGACGACGACGACGACGGCAACGACGGCAACGGUAGACGAUGGGAGGAGAGACUCACACGUCGAUCCCGAGCAAAACGACAUCGUCGAUGGGGAAUCCGCACACGGCGUCGUCGUUGACGAAGACGGCAGCAAGACACAUGCCGCCCGCCGCCGCUCGACUACCACUGCCCUGCUGCAGCAGGCACAUUCAACGCUUCCGCUACAUGUGGAUGACCACCGCCCCUCCACGUGGUGCGUACCGGUGAACAGCAGAAAACGUGAGAGGAGCGUGAGCGGCGGGUCGAGAUUCGUGGAGGAGAUGGGGUAG